AUGUUCGCCACCAACUUGAUUCUCACCAUCCUAGGCUCUCUUGGCGUCGUCCUCGGAUCCUUCCAAACUCCGCUCCUCCGCCAUGACGAUGAUCCCGGCCGGACGGUCAGCAACGCGUUGUUCGCGGAACUUGAGGAACUGGCUCGCAUUGUGGACAUUUCUUAUUGCGUGGGCUUGACCAGCUUCGGCAUCAGCAAGCCCUUUUCCUGCCUGUCACGAUGUUCAGACUUCCCCCUGUUUGAGCUUGUGAGGACAUGGAACACGGGGCCACUGCUUGCGGACUCAUGUGGCUACAUCGCCUUGGAUCAUGAUAAGAAGCGGAUUAUCCUCGCAUUCCGAGGCACGUAUAGCAUUGCCAAUGCAAUCGUGGACUUGAGCACGGUACCGCAGGAAUAUGUGCCGUAUCCAGGAUCGGGAGACGAGGAGAUGACUGUCAAUGUACUUUCCACCCAAGCCAGGUGUACGAACUGCACGGUCCAUAUGGGCUUCUACCGCUCGUGGCAGGUUACCCGAAAAGAGAUACUCCCUGCUCUACAGCAGCAAUUGCUGCUCUACCCAGGGUACAACCUGAGUCUCGUGGGCCAUUCCCUCGGUGGAGCAGUCGCCGCGCUUGCGGGGCUUGAUUUCAAGGCUCGAGGCUGGCACCCUACCAUCACCACCUUUGGUGAGCCUCGUAUUGGCAAUGCGGCGUUGUCAAGAUACAUCGAUGGCACCUUUGGGAUCGGGAACGGGACAUCGACGACCAUYGACGACACACAACUUCAAUUCAGAAGGGUGACGCAUGUGGAUGAUCCUGUACCUCUACUCCCCCUGACUGAGUGGGGUUUCUCAAUGCACGCGGGAGAGAUUUACAUAUCCAAGUCGAACCUUUCGCCGGAGGUCGCGGACUUGGCACACUGUACAGGCGACAACGAUGCUGAUUGUAUUGCGGGUCAAGACGCCACUGCUUCGAGUCUACAAGGAAAGGCCGGCCUUCUUGACUCCGUCAAGGAUGAGAUUCACGACAUCGGGACUGAAUCGUGGGGAAUCCCGUCAAGAUACAAACUAUGGGAGCUACUAUUCGCUCAUCGGGACUACUUCUGGCGUCUGGGAUUGUGUGUUCCUGGCGGUGAUCCACUCGGUGGCGGUGGCGGGAAAUACAGAUAUCGCAAGGACGACUUGUAA